CAGUUCGAAGUCGCACUUUCUUCAUCCCGGGAAGAACGGCCGAGAGGAGAGGUCGCCAUGAUCGGCAUCCGGAAUAUUGGCAAAUAUUGGGCGCGUUUGCCGACCCAGGCCGAAGUGCAGGUGUUGCGAACAGCUACCAGAUGUGUAUCCACAUCACAAAAGCUGUUGCAUAUUUCUCCCUCUUCUGUACAAUUAAGUCGCAAGUAUGAACAGCACAUCAAACAUGCUCGGCACUUCCGGACUUCAACAUCAUUCUAUGCGGAAAUUAAGACUGUGGAAGUGCCCCCAUUUGCUGAGUCUAUUACUGAGGGCGACAUCAGGUGGAUGAAGGAAGUGGGAGACUCUGUGGCUGAGGACGAAGCCAUUGCAGAAAUUGAGACUGACAAGACCUCUAUGCCAGUAAACUCCCCAUGUGCUGGAGUGAUUAAAGAAAUCAUGGUAGAAGAUGGAUCCACAGUCAACCCAGGCACUGCCAUUUGUAAAAUUGAAGCUGGUGCUGCUGGUGCUAAGAAGGAAGCUGCCCCUGCUGCAGAAGCUCCUGCAGCAGCAGCUGCUGUUGCAGCUGCAGCCACUGCUACUGCUGCUGCUGCUGCUGCUAAACCUGCACCAGCUGCUGCCCCUCCUCCUGCUGCUCCUGCUGCAGCAGCAGGACCUAUCCCAGCUGCUGCCCCUCCUGCUGCCCCACCUCCAUCUGCACCAAAGUUGUCGAUCCCGGUGGCAGCCAUCAAGCAUUCAUCAUUUAUUCAGCAGGCAGAAGUCAAAGUUCCUCCAGCAGAUUACAGUCAGGAAAUCACUGGAACUCGUACAGAGCAGCGAGUCAAAAUGUCUCGCAUGCGACAGCGCAUUGCUGCUCGUCUCAAGGAGGCACAAAACACUAAUGCAAUGUUGACCACUUUCAAUGAACUGGACAUGAGUAAUAUCAUGGAGCUCCGCAAGAGCAUUGGGGAACAGUUCAAUAAGAAGCACGGCAUCAAGCUUGGUUUCAUGUCGGCGUUUGUGAAGGCCUCGGCUUACGCCCUGACAAAGCAGCCAACAGUCAAUGCUGUGAUUGAAGGAUCGGAAAUUAUCUACAGGGACUACGUAGAUAUUUCAGUUGCUGUGGCUACUCCAAAGGGCCUCGUAGUGCCAGUCCUGCGCAAUGUGGAAGGAAUGAACUACCUGGAUAUUGAGCGAGGCAUUGCAGCACUUGGUGAAAAGGCUCGCACGGGCUCCCUGGCCGUCGAGGAUAUGGAUGGUGGCACCUUCACCAUCAGCAAUGGAGGUGUCUUUGGGUCCCUGUUUGGAACACCCAUCAUCAACCCACCGCAGUCAGCCAUUUUGGGCAUGCACGGAAUCUUCAACAGACCAGUUGCCAAGAACGGACAGGUGGUAAUUAGGCCCAUGAUGUUCAUUGCCCUGACUUACGAUCACCGACUGAUUGAUGGAAGGGAGGCAGUAACAUUCCUGCGCAAGAUCAAGGACGCUGUCGAGGACCCAAGGACUAUGCUGUGCGGACUGUAGGACCAUGGAUGAAUUAUAUAGUUGUGGAAAUAAACUGAGAGCAUUUUUUUGAUGGAAUAAACUCGCCUAUGUAGUACUUGGCUAGAGAUUUAUAUUUGAAGGUAUUUGAUAUAUAAGAAAAAGAAAACACAGUAUCCUGUAUUUUAAUCCUGUGCAUCUCAAUCUUUCAUAGAGCUGGAAUUCAUUUACCUGCACAAUUUUGGAGCUCCAUAAUUAAGUUCCAGAUAUAUUCUAUAUAACCUGCCUGAUGUAAAGAAGGAAUAUAGGGACUUACUUAAAGGGAAACAAAACUAGGCUUCACCACAAUGGGAUGUUGAUUUGCACUCUAUUUUUAUAUAAUUUAUGAUCUGAAGCUCUUUGGUUGAUAAGGGACUCGAAGGGCAGAGUGGUCUGGCCCCAAUAAUCUGUCUUGUGUAAAUAUUGUAAUAUAGAACAGACUUUUAUUGUUAUCACAGUCACAUUUGAAAUACUUCCUCCCACUUCUCUUCACUUUUCUAACCCUCCCACAUUCUCAAAGCUUGCAACAGAUGCUCCUCCCAGUUUGGGUAUUACUGGACAUGAUGAAGGUCCUAUUAAAAAAGGAACAAAAAUUU